AUGCUGGGGGAGCUAAUGUCUCUUUUUAGGAAUCUCCACGGGACAUUUGCUUCCUCAGGCACCAUAGGAGCACUGAUGGCUUGGCUGAUCAGCUAUAAGCCAGCCUUGUUUGGGUUCCUAUUACUUCUGCUGUUGCUUAGCAACUGGCUGGUCAAGUACGAACUCAAGCCCACGCCCCCAGAGCCCCAGCAGGACAAGAUCCUUGAACGGCUUAUGUUCAGUGAAAUGAAGCUGAAGGUCUUAGAAAAUCAGAUGUUCAUUGUAUGGAAUAGAAUGAAUCACCACAAGCAGUCAAGCCGACGGUGGACUUUUCCAGCGGGGAAACCCAGAAUGAGGAGACGGGAAUCUAUGUUCUCCAUCAUCUCUGACUGCACUUCCAAUUCCCCCUAACGAGGUCCCAGAGACUGUGGUGGGCUAGCCUCUUCUGUUGUUACCUUUCCUCAGUAAAGCCCAGUCAGAGACUAUUGAAUUUUCUUAGUAAAUCACACUGGAGAGGAGGAUUAGAGGCUGAAAUUCAUCGCCUCUUGAAAAGAAGUUUGUACUCACCAGGUCAGCCACAUAGCACCCUAUGACACAACCUGAUGGGAGCUCUUGAACCCAGCCCUUCCUCUCUUUCAGUUGGACCACCUUGACCCUGGUCCAGGGCCCUCUACCUGUUCACCUUGAGUCUUUCAACAGCCUCCCCAGUGCUGUCCCAGCCUCCAGUCUCCUCCUCCCCCUGCACUCAGAGGCCACAAACAAGCCCUGCCAAGCACAGCUCCGAGCAUGAUCAUUGCCUAUUCUUGAGCCAACGCCUUGCCGUGAUUGACAGAAUAAAAGCCUCACUCCUCACCAUGGUGUUCAGGCCCCCCAUGAUCUGACCCCCUUCCCAACCUUUUUCCCCCAUUAUUCUCCCUCACAUGCUUUUUACCCGAUACCAGAGUA